UCUGGUGUGGCGAAUUAAAUCCUGUCAGAAGUGUAUUGUACAGCUAAAGACAAUGACCACCGGGUCAUCUGAGAUUGUUUGGCCUACUGAUAAGCCCAGGAAAAGAUUAGAGAUCACUACUCAAGCAGAAUUACAAGUGGUUAUGUGCACACCCAUUCUCUACCCAGUUUCCUAAGACUGUCACAAAGAUGUUUGACAUAAAGGCGUGGGCUGAGUAUGUCGUGGAAUGGGCUGCAAAAGACCCAUGUGGCUUCCUUACCACACUCAUUCUGGCUCUCACUCCACUCUUCCUAGCAAGCGCUGUCCUGUCCUGGAAAUUGGCCAAGAUGAUUGAGGCCAAGGAGAAAGAGCAAAAGAAGAAGCACAAACGUCAAGAAAAUAUUGCCAAAGCUAAACGACUAAAAAAAGAUUAAAGGAAUGGAGAGGUUGUGUAACUGGAGAAAAAACAUUUGGAAAUCGUGCAGCUUUGGAAGGACUCACUAAGGUUUCAUUUCAUGUUCAUGGAAGUAUUACUUAAUAAAUUACAGCUGACCAUAUAGGA